AUGGGAAGACGACUGGUGCGUUCGGGUAUUACUGCUUCCUACAACUAUUACUGUUGCAUGUUCUCCAGAGUUAUCUUCGUCUAUAAAUGCCUCUACAUGCCUUCGCCAUCAUGCAGGAAUCUUCUCUCGAAAUCGUCGUUUACGGUGCAAUUGUCUGUUCAAGGUUCGACGACCAUUGAUCGUUCUGACCUUGUCCAUUUGAUGUGA